AUCAAAUCCCGUAUGCCAAGAAGCUGGCGCGCUAAUACGCGGCACGUUGUUCCGGCUGUAUACAUUAUAUACAUCCUCAUAACGUUGCUGUAUGAAGCAAUUAGUACAACAUAACACAACUAGAAAAGUUAUUUCAUUAGCAAAGCGGUUAGUUAUUGAGCUAUUAUAAGGCUAGCUCACUGGAGGACUACGGCAGAAACGUGUGCAGACCAUGGUGCAGACUUGUAAAGCAAGCUAGAUUAGCUUAGCGACUGGUGAGCUAGUUUUUCUCUUGUUUGCAGUUCAUGUAUUUAGUCAACACAUCAUCGCAACAUGGCCACAUCCAAGGAAGCUUCUCAGAAGGAGGUAACAGACGGAGAGUCUAUGGAGACUGUUUCAGAGCCAGGAUUUUCUGCAGAUGUUGGAGAACCACAGCUUGUUCACACAGCUUCUCAAAGACUCUCUGAACAUGGAGAGGAAGAUACCUUUGUUGCUGCUCAAAAACAAAUAGAAAGUAAAGAAAUUGAUCAUAAAGAGACUUUAUCCACUGAAGAGACAGUCAGCACAGUUAUGGUUCACGGUGUUGGGUCAAAUAGCACAUCAGAGACUGAGGAAGAAGAAGAAGGUACUCAGGUGAAAACCGAGGAAGAGUUUGAGUUAAGCUCAGAGGAAAAUCCUGCAGGACCUGAUAUGAGCAAGGAUACAAAUAUGCACAAUACUGUUGAGAAGAUAACAAACUUAAACAUGGACACAGACGUGGACACUACAAAGGACAAAGGCACUCAGCAGGGGUCACCUGGCAGUAAAUCCAGGGUUCCUAAAGCAGAGGACCUCGAUGAGAUGAUGGACAUUGGUACAGUAGAUCAGGGGGAACAGGAAGCUCAGAUGAAAGAGGAGCAAGAGAAUCAUUUAAUGGAGGAGGAUUGCAGCCAUUCACCUGCCAUUUUUAAUACAGUGUUAGACAGUAAUGCUGUUGAGGAGGAAGUUGAUGUGAAACCCCCCGUACUGCCCCCACCAGAGGAGGAGCAGUUGGAGGACGUGAAAGUGGUUUUAGAUAUGCUGAGAUCCAGCUCGUCUCCACCUCCUGAAGCCACAACAAGUACGGGUAAGUGUCCUCAGGAACCAAAACCUGACCUCCCACCGAAAAGGAGAGGAGAAAAUGCUGGCCCACAGAUGCCGUUGCACCCCUGUCAGCAUGUGUAUCGAUACAUCUACAACAGGGGUCGGCCGUUCACGGAACAAACGGAUUAUUGA